AUGAGCCUUACUGACGUCCAAAUUACAGACGAGGAAGCUCUCCAAACAGCCGCCAAUGGCGGCCCGAUAGAGUUAGAGAGAUGGCACGGCAUGGCUGGGCCACUUAUUGAGCGACUUGAAUAUAUCGUGUACAAUGUGUUCCCCAUGCCUCAAGCGCGCCCCGAACCCAUCGGCCAGCAACCAUUUCCCAACCAUUCUUCCCAGGCAAACUCCAUCCCACCCGAAAGCAGCAACAAGGAAAACACCUCCCCUACCGCUAUCCAGAUCUCACCCCAGGCAGCGCGAACUGGCUCUCCUUCAGGUGAGCGAGUGCCAGACUCACAGCCCCAGCCAUCUGGUGCGAGCACGGAUGGCCAGCUUCCACCCCCGCUUGCAUUUCUUCUGAGCGCUAUCCGCUCGUCAAUCAAAUCUUUUUUCGAGGAUAAACCUCCACACACCAUUCAGAGACUCGCAGAGCUGGUACUCUACCCCACCAAGCACUAUAGAACGUUACCCGCAUACCUACGUGCUGUCGAUCGCGUUGUCUCGGUGACAAGCUCCGCAGAUAUUUUCCCAUUUCAAACGCCAGCUACCACAAAUGCAAACACGAAUGGGUUGGUGCUCCCUGGCAAUAGCAGCGGGGCUUAUAUAACCCCGGACUUUGCCCACGGACUUGGAAGCGAUGAAUCUCUGGGCGGUGCGCUACUUACUCCGAUCCCAUGGUUAAAUAAUGCCUCGUUUGAAGGCGAGGAUGCCAAUGGGGAUGCAGGCAUAUUAGUCGAGGGCACCGAAGCCUUACCUACACAGCCCGAGGAAGAACCGGGCACCGCCACCUUAGUAACCUCCGAGACUGAAGGAGGGGCUGCUACCGCCUCACCAGAGCCAUCUGAUGAGGUCCCUCACGCCCGUGGUCCAAUCCUGCUCGGCGUAGAAGACAUGGGUCUGCAAGACGGCAAAGGCGUCGAAAUGAGUCUUGACACAGACGGUGCUGCCGAUGUCCCAGCUGCAGCUGCUGCCACUGCUCCCCAGGAAAUAGAAGAACAGAAAAAGGCCGACUCACCUGCCGACAAGGACGGUGAUAUUGUCCUUGCGGAUACUAAACCGAAAGAAGAGGAAGAAGCCAAGAAUGAAGACCCUUCUACAGAGCCCCAAACAGGCAAUGCAGAGCCUGAAAACACUGGUGAUUCAUCCGAAGCGCCAGACACCGAGAAGAAAGCAUAA